GUAUUAUGAAGAUGCAUUUUCUUAGCAUCUGUUCAAGCCAUACUGACAUCACAGCUUGUACUUUUCCCACUCUCGUCUGACCAGCUUUUGGGUCAUGGAAAAACUGACUUGUCCCCCUCUUUCCCCUUUUAUGACGCUGCGUGAGUCAGGCUUUAAUACACUAGUCCCUGGCUGCUGUUGUGUCCAGUCAGAUCACAGAUGAUGACACAAGUGGCAGUAUGACAUCAAUGGGUGAUCUAUUAGCUCACAUUACAGGUCAGAUUACAGAGAAAUGUGUGUAUAACCACUAAAAUUAGAUGGUCUGUUUUUUUUUUUAAUCAUCACGUAAUUGUGAGGAAGCAAAACAGAGAACAUUAUUAGCAUAAAGUUAUUGGAUGAAGCAUGCCAGAUCAUUUUGGUCCAGUUUUCAAACUCAUAUGAUGCAGGAAAUUCAGAAUGAAUGUUCACGCUGCUCUUUUGACCAUGGUGACCAAGUCUUUUGGUCUUUUUCCUUCAGAUAAUUACGUCAUCACUCCAAAAGACUUGUUAUAUAGACUGCACAAGUCAAAUCAAUGCUUUUAUGUAGCUUUACAGCCCCAGGUUACCAAUAAGUGUCAUAGGAAAAAGAGCAACUUGAACAUUCUGCUAAAUAUCUCCUUUUGUGUAGAAGACAACAUCAUAAGGGUUUGGAAACAAAAUGAUCAGUUUUCAUAUCUGACAUCAUCUAACAUUCAUUCAAUGAAACAAUUUACCUUUGACUUCAUUUAAACACUCUUCUGUGUGAAGAAACAUCAGGUGUGCAGAGCAGCAGAGAAAGGCUCCAUGUUUAAACAGCUAUUUUUGUAUUUAGCCUUGAAGGCAGCCAGCUGUGAGCUUUGGGCCUUGAUUGAGCCAUAAAACAUUAUGUUUGUUUACUAAUCAAAAUAGUUUGUGCACAUGGUCCCUUAUGGCCUAAAAUUCUCAUCACACACCCUUUUAAGCUUCUGACAGUGUUUUCAUUUGUCAUUUACAUCUCACAGUCUCCCCACGCAGGAAUGUAGCGCUUAGCAUGGGGUUGCUAAUGAGUGACUUAUUUACUCAAGGGAAAUUUGAGAAGGACUUUAGGAGAUACCUCUUGUGUGGAGUAUGCAAAUCAAAAAUUUAUCUUGAAAUUGAACACAAUGUUGAACAGUUGUAAACUAUAAAAGUGCGUUAUGGAUGAGGUGCAAUAUAUCAGUAGGCUACUACCAAGUGCUGAUAAACUAGACUACUACUACUACUACUACAGUUGAUACCUGGAUGGAUUUGCAUGUAAGAUUGAUCAGAAGUUCUUUACUUGUGUUUGAAUAGUUUUUAUGCCUGUUUGUGAGCAUGGUUUUGUUUUUCAAGCUUUGUCUGUAGCACUUUGCUUACAGGCAGAUUGUUAUCAGUGUAAGUGGUGUAUAUACCGGAGGUUCCACACUAAAUAAACUGAGGGUUGGGAUAGAAACUGUUUCCAUAGUCUCAGCUCUGAGACCAGUCUCGCUCAGCCUGUGUCCAACGCUGCUCGACCAAGGCCAUCAGUGAUGUGGGGGAGGGAACAUUUGAGCGGAUAUCUGCUGUGAAUUAAACAGGUGUGAAAUGUACGUGUUCCCAGGAACUAUGCGAAAAUGUCCUGUUUGUCCAGCGCCACGUUACUUGUGUCUCACUAUUAUGUAAAAUAUACAAAAUGAGUAUCCAUCCCUUGUGCAAAAUUAUAUUUCUAGUCGUCCUUCUGCAAUGCUGCAAACAUUGUAUUAAACACAACUGAAGAUUCGAAUGAGAACAAAAGGACUUUAUCUUAAUGCAGGCCCUCUUAGAACAGGUUCGCCGUACUCAGGUAAAAAAUAAACAUGUCUGUGUUUGAUCUGUCUGAUAGCACAGUUUAUGAAUAGGGUGGUUCUUUGCACACAUCUACUCUUCUACAAAUAAAGGUUCCAGGAAGAAGCCUGAUACUUAUAGGAGAGGUACAAAAGGUUCCAAAAAGGACUUUAAAACAGUGUGUCUCAACAUUUUAACAUAAGAAAAAUAAUAAUAAUAAUCCUUAUAGGGAUAUUUUUGACAAAACACACAUGUAUACCAAAAUACAACAGCAAUAAUAGUAAUAAUAAUAAUCAAAGAACCAUAUAGCUCAUGAAGGUGUUUAAAUGAUAUGGCCAUUUGAAAUGCAAAGGUCUAAGCAAAUAUUAGACAGUGUUUCACCUGAUAAAGUACCAUGGAAAUAAUAUAACCUUCCAAUUCAAUCUUGUGCAUGAAACUACCUAGGCUACCAUUGUCUGUAAUUUUCUUUUCUUUCUAAGCUACAUCAACUUGAUCAAUAUAACAGUCUGCGAUUUGCAUUGGUAACUCCUUCACAGCUAUAACUUAUUUUAAAAUAAAAACAUUUAUAGUCCUCACUGUAGACUAUGUACCACCUGCAGUAGCAGCAGCUAUAUCACAGACCGCUACAUUACCAUCUGAAAGCGUGAACAAAGUUUCAGAUCGUUAUUUCCGAUGCUUGUGCCAACUCAUGGGUGACUCGAGACGAAGCGGAUCCCUCCUUUGAUUGGCCACAAAAGCGCUACGUGGACGUCGAGCAGGAACAGGUAGAGCGCGUGACCGUUAUCAUUUCAUUCUGACUGCGGCUGUCAGGACGACCACAGAGCCACACGUCAACUAUCAUCGCAAGCCUUUUAUCGCGCAGACAUCGCCACGAGUUUGGUGGAAUAUUAUUUUGAGGGCCUACACCAGGGUGUGGGUGAGUGAGUCAAGUAUGAAGUCCAAAGGAAAGGGGUCAAAGCGGGGCAGACAGUCUUGGGCAGAACAGGACGACCCAGACUUCACACUGGAAACAGAGCCAGGUUCCAGCGAGCAGGAGGGUUCAGAGGCAUCCGUGAGGCUGGGUGGGACGUGGAGAACAUUGAGGGGUGAGAGGAACGGCGGUUCCCGCAUGGGUCCGCGUCGCAGGCGUCUGCACGGCAGCGCCAAGGAACGCAACGUCCGCAGGCUGGAGAGCAAUGAGAGAGAGAGGCAGAGGAUGCACAAACUCAACAACGCCUUUCAGGCCCUAAGGGAGACCAUUCCUCACGUCAAAACAGACAAGAAACUUUCCAAGAUCGAGACUCUCACACUGGCAAAGAACUACAUUAAGUCCUUAACCACAAUCAUCCUGGGCAUGUCAAGUGCCAGUCACAUGGAGACUAACGCCUCCCGGCUCCUGCAGUGUUAUCAACAGCAUCUACAGGAGGAGGGAGAGGAGGAUCUGUCCAACUACCUGAGCCACAUUCACAGCUUCAGCCAGGGCAGCUAACACACACUGUCACAGACUCAGGGAGCGCGGUGUAAAUACAUGCAUGAUACAUGCAAGAUGGUAAAUACCAGCUCUGAAGACUAACAAAAGGGUCUGUUUGAAUAACCCAGUUUACAAGCUAAAGCUGGUCCAUAAACAAGCUAAUUUAUGUACAGAAUAUGCACGGAUUAUGUUGUCCAUAAAUUUUUUUAUAAAAUAGUUAUUUGCCGUUAUCAUUGCCAAAUUGCUAGCAGUAACUCUUUGGAUUAUGACAGGACACAGUGUGCUGGUCAUUAAUAUACUUUACCCCACUCUGUGACAAAAGAAGAUGCUUUGCUCAAAUGGUGAAAGUCAGUGGGGUCCAUCAUCACUGGACCCCCCGACCUUUAUUGUAAUGACAAACAAAAAACAAUGUUUGUGUUCAAUGAAAUUAAUUCAUAUUUCUUAUUUUUGGGUGAACUAUCCCUUUAACAGGGUGAGUAGGUAUUUCAUAUGAAAAAAUGCAAAGUUUUGGAGCAGAUUUCAUAUUUAUUCAGAGGACACAAACCAUACACAUAUGAAACUGAGAGGAGUUUACUGUACCCGAAUAAUGACUCAUUACCCUGUUAUUUAUCUACAUUGAAUAAUUUAAAACUAUAUUAUCCUUUUCUUUUUCCAGUGGUUUCUCUCAUGCCUGCAUGUAAUUUCUUUGUAUGUACAGAAGCAACCUUAAACAAUUCCCUUAAGGGUGUCACAUAAUUGAUGCAGUUUCACAUUAGGACCGUAAUUACCCUUAAAUAUUUAAAUGUAUACAUCCACAUGUACAACAUAUCUUAAUUUAACAAACUAUUCAUCCUAACAAUUUUCCCAACCAUUUGGAAAGAUUUGUUAUAAAUACUGUAACUUUCUGAAAACGUGCUGCCUUUAACCAGAAUUAAACCACCUAUAUAUCUAUGAAUGAAAUGAAAUAUGCUGACAUCCUGAGAAAUGUUUCACAACAUUGUCUUCACAUUUUCAAGUGCAAAAUACUGCACUCUUUCAUCAGUGACAAAAGCUGAAUAAGCGUCUGAACUUACACUACCAUUAAAAACUUAAAGGUCAGUAAGAUUUUUUUGUGGUAUCUUAUGCUCACCACUGCUUUUAUUUGAUCAAAGUAAAAACUGUAAUAUAUUGUGGAAAUUGUCAUCACUCAUUUAAACAUGCUGAUUUGUUGCUCAAGAAACAAUUAUCAAUGUUGAAAAAUGUUGUGCUGCUUCGAAACAGUGACGUUUUUUUUCAAAGAUUCCGAAUAAAUCUCAAAAGUACAGCAUUUAUUUUUUAAACAUAUCUUUCACAAUAUAAUAUCCUUUACUGUCAAUUUAGUUAAUUUAAUGCAUCCUUGCUGAAUGAAAGUAUUAAUUUCUUUAAAAAAAAAAAAAAAAAAAUCUUACUGACCCCAUAUUUCAGAACAGUAGUGUAUCUGUGCAAAAUCACUGUGCUGUCUCAGCUUUGAAUAAGAACAUUACCAAUAACCCAAUACAAGCAGAUGAUGAAAGUAUUACAGACUCUUUUACUCUUAAUGUUUAACGGCUCUGCAGCCGAGCAGGAAAAUUCCCAGAAGCAGGUGUUUAUUUAAAAAUGUUGUUUGUGUGUAAUGUUCAAUAUAAAAUGCUUGUAAUGUACUUUCAGUAGCGUACAUUGAGACUUUUUGUAUUUAAUGCCCCGGAUUCAAAUAAAGGAUCAAAAAGGCAAAUGGGCAAUUGUGAUUUUAUCAAAUCAAAAAAAAAAAAAAAAAAAUUAAGAUCCUCUUA